GCUGAGAAGGGACACAGCGGCUAACCUGCUAAUAAUUAGGGGGGAAAAAAAAUCAGAAGACACGACUCAAAGUGCUGGAUGCAGUUUUCAAGCUCACUGACACAGAGAAGAGACUGCUUUCACUUAAAUGCAGGAGCUGUUAAUGAGUAAAGAAGACGGUCUUCCUGAGCAGCAGGAAUGGAAUCAGAGUCUGGACCAAAAGGACCCAGAGCCGUCAAUCAUUAAAGAAGAAUUGGAGGAACUCGGGAGUGAAGAUGAAGAAAAACCACAGUCGUCACAGUUUCAACAAACUCAAAGAGACAGGAGCACAGAAUUGGAGCUUCUUUCCAGUGACUCAACUGAACAGAGAACACUGAAAAUAGAAGCUGAUGGAGGCGACUGUGCAGGAUCACAACCAGACAGUGAAUCAGGUCCAUGCACUCAUUUACAACCAGAUGCUGAUGAUGUUGACCAGUUGUUGGUGAUUAAAGAAGAAACUCUCUCUGAACAGCGGGAGCGUAAUCUGAGUGUUGACCAGGAAGACAUUAAAGAGGAACAAGAGAAACUCUGGAUCAGUCAGCAAGGAGAGCAGUUGCACCAGCUGGAGGAGGCUGUUAUCACUAAGUUCCCUUUCACUGUUGUCCCUGUGAAGAUUGAAAGUGAUGAUGAAAAACCACAGUCAUCACAGGUUCAUCAAAGCCAAAGCGAUGCGAGCAUAGAGGUUGGGCCCGUGGCCAGCAGCUCAACUGUACACACAACAUGGAUGGCUCAAUCUAUUGGAGAGGAUGAUGGAGGACCAAACCCAGCCAACAUCUCAGAUGUUGACCAGUUGUUGGUGAUUAAAGAAGAAACUCUCUCUGAACAGCGGGAGCGUAAUCUGAGUGUUGACCAGGAAGACAUUAAAGAGGAACAAGAGAAACUCUGGAUCAGUCAGCAAGGAGAGCAGUUGCACCAGCUGGAGGAGGCUGUUAUCACUAAGUUCCCUUUCACUGUUGUCCCUGUGAAGAUUGAAAGUGAUGAUGAAAAACCACAGUCAUCACAGGUUCAUCAAAGCCAAAGCGAUGCGAGCAUAGAGGUUGGGCCCGUGGCCAGCAGCUCAACUGUACACACAACAUGGAUGGCUCAAUCUAUUGGAGAGGAUGAUGGAGGACCAAACCCAGCCAACAUCUCAGAUAUGCAGCAGUGCAAUCUGAGCAUUGACCAUGACGAUAUUAAAGAGGACCAAGAGGAUCUCUGGAUCAAUCAGCAGGGGGAGCAACUUCACCAGCUGGAGGAGGCUGAUAUUACAAAGUUCCCUUUCAUUGCUGUCACUGUGAAAACUGAAAUUGAUGAAAAACCUGAGUUAUCACAGGUCUAUCAAAACCAAAGUGAUGAGAGCACAGAGGCUGAGCCUGUAGUUAGCAGCUCAUCUGUACACAGAACACUGACAGCAGAAGCUGAGGGAGAGGACAAUGGAGGACCAAAACCAGCCACCAACUAUUUUCCAUAUAGUCAUUUACAAUCAGAUGCCAGUGGUAGGAGUUCAGACAGUUCUGUGACUGAGACUAACAACAGCUGUGAAUGGAAACAGACCAGAGAACUUCAUUCAAGGUUUAACUGUCGGAUAAAAGGCAAAGUCUAUGUUGGUCAUAGCGGGAGCAACAUUAGUAAGAAACAGUUUAAUCCUUCCCAGUAUCUUAAAGCAUGUGGUCCAGUGAACUAUUCCAAACAACACACAGGACUGCAAGCAACUGAAAAACCAUUUUGCUGUCCUGAGUGUGGUAAAAGAUUUAGACACAAGAGCAGCCUGAUCACCCACAAGAGAAUUCAUACAGGAGAGAAAACAUUUGGCUGUUCUGAAUGUGGUACAAGAUUUGGAGGAAAGAGCCAGCUCAUCACACACAUGAGAAUUCAUACAGGGCAGAAACCAUUUCAUUGUUCUGAGUGUGGUAAAAGAUUUGGACAGAGGGGGAAUCUGAGUACACAUAUGAGAACUCAUACAGGACAGAAACUAUUUCACUGCUCUGAGUGUGGUAAAAGAUUUGGACACAAGAACAGUCUCAUUAUACACAUGAGAAUUCAUGCAGGAGAGAAACCAUUUGGCUGUUCUGAGUGUGGUAAAAGAUUUGGACAUAAGAGCAGUCUGAUUAUUCACAUGAGAAUUCAUACAGGAGAGAAACCAUUUUACUGUUCUGAGUGUGGUAGAAGAUUUGGACGAAAGAGUCAUCUGGUCCAACACAUGAGAAUUCAUACAGGAGCGAAACCAUUUCACUGUUCUGAAUGUGGUCAAAGAUUUGGACAGAAGAGCAGUUUGAUCACACAUACGAGAACUCAUAUCGGACUAAAACCAUUUGGCUGUUCUGAGUGUGGAAGAGGAUUUGGUCAUAAGAGCAGUCUCAUCAAACAUAUAAGAAUUCAUACAGGAGAGAAACCAUUUGCUUGUUCUGAGUGUGGUACAACAUUUCGAAAUAAAGGCCAUCUGAUAAUUCACAUGACAACUCAUUCAGGAGAGAAACCAUUUGCAUGUUCUGAGUGUGAUACAAGAUUUGGGCGAAAGGGCAGCUUAAUCAGACACAUGAGAAUUCAUAUGGAAGAGAAACCAUUUGCGUGUUCUGAAUGCGGUACAAGAUUUGGGAGAAAGAGCAGUCUAAUCAGACACAUGAAAAAUCAUACAGAAAUGAAAUGAGUGGGUUGGAGUUCCUACUGGACAUUUGCCUCAAGUGUCCUCGGUCCCACUGUGAAGAGGGUUUGCGGGGAGAGAUCUCUGUAUGAGGACGUUUCAAUGAAAACGAACCCUAGCUAAAAACUACACAAAGCAAAUAUG